AAAUUGCAUUAGGAAUUUAGGAUUUAUAAUAAAUAGAUAUAUAACCCACUAACGACAAAAGACUAUGUCUUGCUACGUCUCUGCCUUUAUUAUCAUGCCACAAGAAAAUAAGAGGGGAACAGAGGGAGAACCCCAUAAAUAAAUAAAUUUAGAGAAAUAUCUAAGUUUGGUUCUUCCCUGUGUCUACCCACCGUGAUCAUCAUAAAAUGGAUUGUGAUUUCUGAUUUGUGAGUCUAUCUUUCUCUACUCCAUUAGCUUCCUCUCCCUUGGAUGGUUACGUCACUUUCUCCGAGCUUACGUCAUCUAUAUCCGGUCUUCACUUCUUUUUCCUUCCAUUCCUCAGCAGCAUUGCGUAAUCUAUCUGGUGUGUGUGUAUCACGUCACUUCCUCCUAGUCCCUCUCUCUAGUUCAAGAUCAUAUGAUAUUUUCACUUUCUGGACAAAAUGGGACAUUUCUCUUCCAUGUUCAACGGUAUAGCUAGAUCCUUCUCGAUCAAGAAAGCGAAGAACAUCAACAGCAGCAAAAGCUACGCUAAGGAAGCCACAGAUGAAAUGGCGAGAGAGGCGAAGAAGAAGGAACUUAUUUUGAGAUCCUCUGGUUGCAUUAAUGCAGAUGGAUCUAAUAACUUGGCUUCUGUUUUCUCUAGACGCGGUGAGAAAGGCGUUAAUCAGGACUGUGCCAUCGUCUGGGAGGGAUAUGGGUGUCAAGAAGACAUGAUAUUCUGUGGGAUAUUCGAUGGACAUGGUCCCUGGGGACACUUUGUUUCUAAACAAGUCAGAAACUCAAUGCCUAUAUCUUUGCUCUGUAACUGGAAAGAGACUCUUUCUCAGACCACAAUAGCAGAACCCGAUAAAGAGCUACAGCGGUUUGCAAUCUGGAAAUACUCAUUCCUCAAAACCUGUGAAGCUGUUGAUCUGGAGCUUGAGCAUCACCGAAAGAUAGAUUCUUUCAACAGCGGUACGACCGCUCUAACCAUUGUGAGACAGGGUGAUGUUAUUUAUAUAGCAAACGUCGGGGAUUCACGUGCGGUAUUGGCCACAGUUUCAGACGAAGGAAGCUUGGUCGCGGUUCAGCUCACCGUAGAUUUCAAGCCAAACCUGCCUCAGGAGGAAGAGCGGAUAAUCGGAUGCAACGGGAGAGUAUUUUGCCUUCAAGAUGAGCCAGGGGUCCACCGUGUAUGGCAACCAGUAGAUGAAUCUCCGGGGCUCGCAAUGUCAAGAGCAUUCGGAGACUAUUGUAUCAAAGAUUACGGAUUGGUCUCAGUGCCUGAAGUCACUCAGAGGCAUAUAUCCAUUAGAGACCAGUUUAUAAUCUUGGCCACUGAUGGGGUAUGGGAUGUGAUAUCAAACCAAGAGGCCAUAGAUAUUGUUUCCUCGACGGCGGAGCGGGCAAAAGCUGCCAAGCGACUGGUACAGCAAGCAGUUAGGGCUUGGAAUAGAAAGAGACGCGGAAUCGCCAUGGAUGAUAUCUCUGCCGUGUGCCUCUUCUUCCAUUCUUCAUCGUCGUCGCCAUCUCUAUAGCAACAUCUUCUCCAUGCCACGACCUGCAAGUAGGUACUAGUACUUUUGGACCGGGCAAGAAAAGAAAAAAUGCUGCAAUGUAGAUAGACUUGCGUAAAAUCGCAUUGAAUAUUACUUUCUUGCCAAACCAGAGUCCUAUCACAAUCUAAAGAACACAAUUGGUUACUUGUAAUUUUAAUAAUCAUUUAAAAAGUGGGAAACUUCUUAAGUUAUUAUGAAACAUGUGAUGAGGAAACAAGCUUUUGGAACAAGAAUCAAAC